CGUAACUUCUCUCCCCUCUUCAUUUCUUUCUUUCAAACAAAAAUAAUCUCACUUUCUCUCUCUUCUUUCUCUCACUUCACUAUUUGACUUUUUUUUUUUACCUAUCUAAACUAACCCAACUUAAGUGUUCAUCCAUAUCCAUCCAUCCAUCAUUCGCGGAUUAUGGCUGCUUCGGAUAGUAUGAUCGCGGCCUCAAGAGACGAGUCGUGGGCGUUUCGAACGUCCUUCGACAGCGCUUGGAUCUCCGAGGCGUUUGCGAGGGACGCUGAGGUUCUCACCAGAGCAUUCCACAAAUCCAUCUGUAAUAAUAAUAAUAUUAAUACCAACACUUACUUCGACAAUGGUGGUGCUGACGACGUUUCGUUCGCGGACCUUCUCAAGUCCGAAACGCCGUCUUCUCAUCAACAAACACAAACACAGACACAAACACAAAGCGUUUCGAGCUCGGGAGGAGGGUCCGAGCCUGAAACCGUUUCGAAACGGAGCACGUUUCGAAACGCUGCGGCUCCGACUGGGAAGAUUACGAAACGGAAGUCGCGUGCAUCGAAACGUUCUCCGACGACGUUUAUUACAGCUGAUCCGGAGAAUUUUCGGCAGAUGGUUCAGCAAGUGACAGGUGUCCGGUUUUCUACCGGUUCAUCUGUGCUUAAACCGGAACCUCAGAGACCGGUUGGAGUGGUUAACCGGUUACAAACCGGUUGUCUUUUGCCUACGCUUGAUACGUCAGCGUUUUUGUUGGAUCAUCAGCAACAGGUUGGAGGCCCAACAAGUAUGGAGUUUGGGCCGCCUGCUGUGGUGGGCCAAGCUGGUGGGCCUGGGUUUGAUUUUGAUGGGUUUUCUGGGUUCCCAACUUUGGAAUCUCAAGCAUGGAUUAAUUGAUGAAAAGAAAAGAGAAAAAAAAUAAAUAAAUAAUGACGUAGUUAGGUAUUUCAGUUUUAUGAAGUUUUUUUGUUUUUUUUUUUUUUUUUUUUUGGGAUCUCUUUAUUUAAAAAUGCACCCUUUUAAUGGGAGUUUUUUAGAGGGGUAUUUUAGAGAAGAAUGGUGGGGUUUUGUUAAUAUUUUUGGAGUUAAUGGUGUUUUUUUAGUUUAUGAAGCUAAAGUGUAAUGUAGUUUUAAUCUAUGGAUCUUCUCAAAUCUUUUAAUUCAAGUAGUUAUUAACUUAUUAUAUUGAUACUUGCUACUGUUAUUUUAUUUAUAAAUUUUAAGGUAUCUGCAUGCCUAUAUUCAGUAUA